AUGUGCGACGAGUACGACACUUACCAGCUCAGGGCCUGGUUCCUCGCGGUGAACAGCAACAGCAGCGAGCACAAGGUCAGGGGCGAGAUGCAGUGGGGGGCGACUUGCGACUGUCGUUGUCUUCCUACCCUGCUGCUUGACGGCGCCAUGAAGACCGACGUGGCCAUCCGUGCCAGGGCUCGCCAGCUGCGCCGGCAGAUGCAGGUCAUGUGCAGUUGCCCAGAGGCGGAGUCCUUCUCCUGGUGCAUCGCGAAUAACGCAGCGUGCCCGUGCAUGCUCCAGGCCAUGACCUCGCGUGCGCGUGCACUGUGCGGGGCGGCCGAUGGCGCGUGCAAGCUGCUCCGCGCCAACGGCGACGAGCAGCAGGGGGGGCGGAAGAAGUCCGAAGCCCCAGCGGGCAGCAAGUCCAGCGCGGCGCAGCAGGCGGAGAGGCGGCAGCGGCCAAGAAGCGUGGAGCCGACGAGGAGAGCGACGCCGCGCAGGGGCGCCAAGGGGCGGAACUGGGGCACCAGAGACCACGGUCUGAAGGAACUGCCUCUUUUGCCGUCGAUGCCGGUGGCCCAGCUGACCCAGAGGUCGCGAGCGAUGUGGGGGGUGACUGCGAGCGCGGUGUUCGUGGAGGAGAAGGACUCCGUCGUCGUGGCCAUGCCAAAGGAGCCGAGGGCCAUCCGAGAGCUCACAGCAGGACUGCGCCAGAAGAUCGGAACGAUAAAAGACGGAGCCAUGGGCGCCAAAGGAUCACGCCCGAACCUGGAGAAGCUGGCGAACAACCAGGCGCUGGUCAGAAUGGAGAUGUGCCGCCAGCUCAGGGAGUAUAUCGAGAGCGUGCUAGUCACGCUGGAAGAUGAGCCGCCCGCGCGCAUUCGCUUCUGUCGUAUGGAGAGCUGCAUGGGCGAAGGGAUGCUCAAGAUCGUGUUCGCGCUUGACGACAGGGCCAUGGAGGUAUCAAUCACG